UCAUGCAUGGGUUAGACCAAUGUGACAGGAACGCAGUUGUCGUCAAACGAAGUAGUUUAAGAGUCUGACUUGCAAAACAGAAGCACACGGCUAAAAUAAAGUGGUCAAACUUAUCAUGGAUGACAUCGAAAGGGUUGGUAAUUUCGGGGUGUGGGACUAUGUAGUCUUUGGUGGGAUGUUAGCAAUAUCUCUUGCAAUUGGUCUGUAUUAUGGAUUCACCGGGGGAAAGCAGAAGACCAACAAAGAGUUCCUGCUGGCAGAUCGGAACAUGAAUCCCAUCCCAGUAGCAAUGUCUCUAGUAGCAAGCUUCAUCUCUGCAGUAACAGUGCUAGGUACUCCAGCUGAGGUAUACAUCAAUGGGACCAUGUUCUGGCUCUUUGCUCUUGUAUAUCCCGUUAUGUUCAUCGUGGUGUCUAGGCUUUUCCUUCCAGUGUUUUUCAGGCUCAAAGUAACAAGUGCGAACGAGUAUCUUGAGAGACGUUUCAAUAAAGUGGUACGAGUUGCAGGCACAAUGACUCUAUUUCUGAACAUGGUGAUGUAUUUGGGAGUUGUCAUCUAUGCCCCUGCCUUGGCACUUAAUGCAGUAACUAACAUCAGUCUGUGGGGUUCUGUCUUGGCCACUGGGCUGGUUUGCACAGCUUAUACUACAGUUGGUGGUAUGAAGGCAGUGCUAUGGACAGACGUCUUCCAAACCUGCGUCAUGAUGGCAGGUUUUCUAGCUAUCAUCAUAGAGGGUUCCUCAAGACUUGGUGGUCUUGGAAACGUCUGGAAAAUCGCAGAAUCGGGCGAAAGGAUAGAUUUUUGGAACUUCAACAUUGAUCCAACCAUACGUCAUACCUUUUGGUCGAUCCUGAUUGGUGGAUCCUUUACCUGGAUAACAACGUACGGAGCCAAUCAGGCUCAGAUACAGCGCUGUAUGACCACCAAAACUCUCACCAGGGCAAACAUUGCCCUAUUUUUGGCUGCUGUUGGUAUGAUGGUGGUUGUGUCAUGUGCCUGCUUAUGUGGAGUUGUAAUGUUCGCAUUUUACGAAGACAAAAAAUGCGACCCAUUCAGCAGUAAGAAAAUUGCACGAAGAGAUCAGCUCAUACCUUACUUCAUGUUGGAACUAUUUGGCUCUUUCCCGGGUUUGCCUGGUCUCUUUACCUCUGCCAUAUUCGCUGCUGCUCUCAGCACGGUAUCAUCUGGAUUGAGCGCGCUAUCUGCAGUGACAGCUGAAGAUCUGGUCAAGCCAUGCUUUCCUCGUAUGAGUCAAGAAAGAUUCACACUGGUAACCAAAGGAAUCGGUCUUGGAUUUGGUUUCCUCUGUAUAUUCGCGGCGUACAUCACGUCUCUGCUUAAGCAAGGCAUUCUCCAGUUGGUGAUCAGCCUGUUUGGCAUUGCUGGGGGUCCUCUACUGGGUCUGUUCAGCCUUGGAAUGUUCUUUCCAUGCAGCAAUUCAAAGGGUGCAUUGGUUGGAUUAAUCAGUGGAUUGGCUUUCGCAUUUUGGGUUGGAUUAGGCGCCAUCUUUAUUUACCCACCAGUAUCCAACAGUCUACAUCUGAACAUCUCUGGCUGUAAUCUUACUACAACCUCACAAGUUACUUUGAUGAUCUCAAACAUGACAGAGAUGCCAGCAAUUAUACAGGAAAGACCGGCAAUUGCAGGCCUGUAUUCUCUUUCCUACACCUGGUAUACCUUUGUUUACUGCUUUGUAACGGUCAUCGUUGGGCUGAUUGUAAGUCUUAUAACAGGUCGAGGAAAGAGAGCUAAUAGAGAUACGAAUUUGACGCAACAUUGUGCGGAUGGCCUGUGUUGUUUCCUGCCUGAAGCAUGCAAGAAACCAGUACGAUGUUGUGAUGAUAAAUUGGUUCACUACGAGGAAGAUGGUCGAGAUUCAAUUGUGGGAGGCGACCGUGAAGAUCGAUACAUCGAUAAUGGCGAUGUUGCGAUGGCGGAAUAUGGAGGGAAAAGGGAAUAAUAAAACACCGCUUCGAAACUUUACGAUACCCCACCCACGAACUACACGACUAUACCAUUGGUUACUGCAUGGUGCAAGCCAUUGGGAAAACGUGUACGUACAACUCAUUGGCACACUAUACCAUUGGUUACUGCAUGGUGCAAGCCAUUGGGAAAACGUGUACGUACAACUCAUUGGCACACUUUCAAUGUUAAUUUCAUACUGUUUUUUUAAGCUAAUAACUUUUUCAGACACUCUAGAGAUAGUUUGAAAAGAACUGUCCUUCUUUUAAACAAGUUCCCGAGCGGGAGGUGGAAAAUCGGCUGGGACUACUAUAGUGAAUAAAGGGACAGCGACGAGUUACUUAGCGGCCGUUAAAAACAGGCAGGGUCGUUGCCGCGUUAUUAGCGAGCUUUCGAUUUUUGGAACGGGGCACACAGGACGGGAGAGAGCAUAGCACAGUAAUCUGUAUUCUCACGCUUGAGUGCUCCCGUCCUGGAUGUUGUGGACCGCAUGGUGAUAGAGAAUUGAUUCAAGUCCCAGUCCCCAUGAGGGUCCUUUUUAUUUACAGUCCCAUCGCCUAAACAUUAGACAACUUUUGCGAUGUUGGCAUCCCCCAACCUAGCCCCCCUGUGCCUGGCAAUUCUCGGGACCACAAUCGCUACAUUUUGAAGUCGGAUAUGAUUUUUUAGGAUCUCUCGCACGAGAACGGGGCUUGAAUCGAGUCUAUCACAAGGCUCUCCCACCAUACAACGUGUACAAACGACAUCGUACAGACCGGACGUUGUUUCACCAAAAUAGCAUUCCCAAACGACGGAAUCUACUUCAGUUUGGCGCAUGCGUCGAUCGAUUUUCCUGCUCCCUUACACUGAUCUCUAUUAUAUACAAUCAGUAAUCCCUUAUAGCGUAUUUUUUCCCCCAGGAAAGAUGAGGCCACUAAGCAUUAAUGUACGUGUUGUACAUGUACCGUCUUUCUCACAUGGGCGCAACCAACCAAGCGUGUCGGGAAUACCCUCUAUACACGUGUACUUGUAUUGCAUCUCGAUGCAAACUCCAUGCGCAUAAACAUGUAGCGUUCUCCAUCUUUCGAUUGGGACGGUAAGGCCAUGGAGUUUUCCUCCAUAAGGCACACGUUCUUAUUGUACCUCAUCUUCCCUGGAAAAAAAAAACACACGCUUAUAAUUUGUUUACUGUCCUGUGUCCCUACCGUGGUCUUUCGAAAGCACGCUAUUAUUACACGGCAACGACCCUGCAAGGUUUUAAUCGGCCGUUUAAGAACGAGUUACUACUCUUUUAUUCCCAUUC